CACUCUUUUCUAUACUUUUAUAUAAUGACAGUGGAUAUUGACCCUAUUAUGCGUGAUACCAAGCUGGAUGAGAUCUGUCAAAAGAAAGGAUAUCUUAUUGACAUGGACAGCGUGAUUUACAAUGGCUCAAGGUUGUUGCCUGGAGCGGAAGAACUACUCGCUUUCUUGGUAGAACACAAGAAGGAAUACCUGUUACUUACCAACAAUUCUGCACGCACACCGCGUGAAUUGCAAUACAAAUUUCAACGUCUCGGACUCAAUAUCCAUGCAGACCAUUUUUUCACCUCCGGUCAAGCUAGUGCCUUUUACCUGCAGUCGGAGAAGAAAGCUGAGGGUGGCACGGUGUACGUGAUUGGCGAACCGGGACUCUGCUUAUCCUUGUAUGAAAAGGGUUUUUACAUGAACGAUCAUAAUCCGGAUUAUGUUGUCUUGGGUGAAACGCCAAACUAUAAUUUUGAAAAGAUCACAAAGGCCAUUCAACUUGUGCAACAGGGUGCUACCUUAAUCGCCACCAAUCUGGAUUUGGCCAGUGCUGAUCGUCAUGGUCAUACAGUCCCUUGUACCGGUGCCUUUGUUGCUUGUAUCGAAUCGGUCACCCAGAAAAAGGCCUUUUCUUGUGGUAAGCCCAAUGGUUUAAUGCUGCAAUAUGCUCAAUCUACCUUGGGCUUGGAUCCAUCAGACACUUGUGUCAUUGGCAUUGAACAUCCAUUAGAUCCUGGUGUAGUUGUCUCGGUAGGUAAUCAACCUUCCAUCGUAUUGGAUACCGUGUUGGAGAUUUCACAAAAGAGUCAAAAAAAAACAGUGAUUUCAUUGGAUAAAUAAAUAGAAAAAAAUAAAUAUAAUUAGACCGUUUUUCCUCUUC